AUCGGCUCUCUCGCUCUCGUCUCUCUUUCUUUCUCUUGUUCGUCUCUCCUUCUAACCUCAACACUCUUUUCGAUCCCCCUCCGACCCUCGUUCACUCCCUCUUUUGGCUGCUGGCCGCCACAUUCCUUUACAACAACCCCCUCACCACCCCUCCCACGACACUCCUUUUUUUCAAGGCUUCGAAAGCCUCGUUCGAUCGGUGUGAAAAAACCCUAAAUGACUUCGGUUUAAAUCUUCUGCGGCUCUCGCCUGAUCUUUGCGCCUGUCGACUGGUUCGCCUUUGGCAAGCAUAUCGGGCCCUCCUCCUGUGUGAUCGAAUACAAAUACAUCCGUUUUGACCUGCCCUGACGGGCCUCCUUAAACCAUGCCUCAGCAUCACGAUCCCAAUCUGGUGAUGAGGCACUCCGUGGUUCGACGGGAGGUCAUCCCCUCCAUCCGACUUCCUCUCGUCGUACCUACGACCACCACCAUGCCGGGUGCGGGCUUCCCCGCGUUGGUGGCAAGAGCACCGAGCUCGUCAGAAACGACCGGAACAUCAGACUGCAGUAGCGGUGGAAGCUGUACAAAGUCGACAAGUAACCUGACAACGACAGUGCUUCCCGUUGUCCUGGGUGCUGGUGUUCCUGUUAUCUGUGCUAUUGUGGUUCUAAUCUUCCUGCAUCGGAGACAUGUUAAGAAGUUGAGACGUGAGGAUGCUAUGGAUAAGCACAAGUCCCUGGAUUUCGGCAUGGACAUGGUGGGACCUGGUGGAAGAAAACCCAGGAAGUUGCCCAACGGAUUACAAGCAGAGAUGAUGGAACCCAACCAUUCGAAGGGUCUGUCUCUCGAUGUCAGCCCGUACUUGAUGCCUCCUGGUCUGCACGGCUCCCGAGAGUCCCUGCACUCGCUCUCUCGAUCCAUCGAUGAUGACAAGUACCGCCCGGCGGUCUUGGGAACUCAAGACAAUGGCUCUGUUCGGUCGUUCCCUCGAAGCCGCGGUGACGAUGGAUCCAGCAUCGGAGGUUCUACUCGUCAUGGAUACGGAGGUGCCGAGGAUUCCAACUCGGGUCUUUUGAAAAAUGCCCAGCGAAUGUCUCGUUCAUCCCCUCCUCGCUACAACAGCCCUCCUGGUGAACAGAUGCCGCAGCCCCCUCCCCCAGCUCACCAUCAAGACCAUCGUGGCCCGUCACCCGGGUUGGCCCCGAAGGAGCGUGAUGAGCAUGCCAUGGCGAUUGGCAGUGCUAUGACCGACCACAGCCAGGGUCAUGACCGAGCGGCAUCACCCCCCGAGCUUCAAUUCCACCUGAACAACAACCCGAUGUCGGAACUACACUUUGAGAUCGAGCCUCCAAUCAACCAUGCCAACACCUCUCCCCAUGAAGAACGCCUGAACUUUCCGCUUCCCGACCACCACGACCCUGCCCUGCACGCGCAGACUUCGACUCCUAUGCAACUGCCUCGUAUCUCUCUGCCCGCCAGUGAUAUCACUACUAGUGAUUACGGUGACGACCGCAAGCCGGAGCUAUCCAUCAAUGUUCACGCUGCGGAGGGACACCAUGACAACAAGCAGCCUGAGCUGCACGAAGAAUCGCAGCAGAACCUCGAUAUCGCCUUUGACAAUAACAACCGCCGCGAUACCCGCCGGCUGACCCUCGGUGUACGCCCCUUGCCCCCAGAGGACCCGGCGGACAACCCCGAGCAGCGUGCCAACCGCAUCCGUUCCUUCUACAAGGAAUACUUUGACGACAGUAAGCGGGAGACCACCUACUACGAAGACUAUGGUCCCGAGUUCUACGAAACUGGCUAUGUCUACGACCCGACUACUGGCGACUAUUUCGACGCGGCUGCUCCCCCCGCUGCUCCAUUCGCGGAGCCGAUGACCCGUCGUGCCAUGACCCCGCCUCCUCGGGCUCCUCCACGAUUCCAGGGUGCUGCUCGCCAUAUGGCCACCAACUCGGCUGGUCACAAUGGCUUCGGCGGCCCGGGUCCUCGUGCGUUCUCAUCCGCUUCUGGUAGAAUGCCCGGUCCUCGUGGUGCUUCCCGGAAGCCCAUGCCUCCGCCAGCACCUCUUCAAAUGCUCCCGACCCCCCACAUGUUGAAGGAUGAUUCUAUCUUCAUGGCGGCAGACUUUGCUCCUGGCCAGCGAAUCCGUGAUCGGCGUGAGGGUCGUCCCGAGACUCCUACCGGUGGCUCGAUGCCGUACAGCCCUGCCAUCCGAGCCCAUACUCCGCUUGUUUCGGUGUUUGAUGAGCUUGCCGUGAUUCCCAGCCCUCACGCCUUGCGGAAAUCUGGCACGUUCACGAGUCUGGACUUUGCACCCCCACCCCGAUUCAAGAACAGCGAUUCUGGCAGCGAUGCCGGCAGUAUCCGCAGUAACCGGACAGGCAUCUCCAACACCCACAUGAACAACAUUCGCAUGGGCAACUAUCGUAUUAGCCGGUUGCCGACUGACAUGGUCGGUACCAAGGACGACAUGAUGACCAGUCUGCGCCCAGACUGGGGCAUGACAAGAUAAAAAAGCAACUCCCUCUCCUCCUGCCCGUCUAUCAUCCUUCUCUCUCCCCGUAACGACUCUGUGCUGCUUUUGGUGUCUCUCGAAAACAAAACUGUGAUGACCUUGCGCAUUUCAUGGUAACCUCCAGUUGUUUGACCAUAUAUUCAAGGAAUGGGUUUCUUACUUCCAUUUCCUUCCGGAUAGUUAUUUCUCUUUUUUCUCUCUUGUGUCUUUUGCACUCGCUUUACCCUUUUUUUCUCCUUGGGGUCUCUUAUUUUGGGAAAUCUGCUGUCCUGCGGCGUACAUAGAUAAUGGUUGGGUUCUGUUUUUGUUCCCCCAUGGAUUUUUCACCAAUUUCUUUUUCUUGUUCUUCUUCUUCUUCGAUACCGGCCCUUUUGCAUUUUCUCUGGUACUUGGGUACGGGCCUGUACAUAUGCCAUUGACAUUGACAUUGGAAUUGACAUUGGAUUGUUUCGGCCGGAGAGCAGGUCCUAGUGGACGGCUUCCGGCUGGGUUCCAACUGUGUGUUGAUC